AUGACGCCAACAAUACACCCAUCCCUCUUCGACUAUUUCCUUCAAGAAGAGAAAGCUCAAAACAUCCAACAAUCACUCGACAUGAUGGACACCACUGCCGACAUCCCCGCCACUAUCCAAAUCGUCCGAGUCGCCCGGGACUUUGACAUGGAUAUCACCGCCGUCCAAGAUAAGAUGAAUAUCACCAACGACAACAACACCACUACUCAAAUCACCCCGUCUUCUCAGGACAUUGAGAUGGACGCCACUAUCGACAUUCUAUGCUUCAAUUUCCAAGAUAUGGACAUUCAAGACACCAUGGAGCUUGAAGCUCAAGGAACUACUAACCAAGAAAUCGAAAUGUCUGACGCCGACGAGGACAUUCAAAGUCUAGAAAUUGAGAUGACUGAUUCUGAGGUCACUACUACCUCGGUGGAAGUCGAGAUGUCCGACAACGACGAGAACAUUCUAGCUCGCGAUUGGGUUGAGACUAGCCCAGAAGUCGAAAUGUCGGACUCUGACGACAAUAAUAACGCUACUACCAAUUCGGAAGAAAUCGAAAUGUCUGACCGCGACGAGAACAAUGAAGCUACUACCGGCUCUGAGGAUUUCGAAAUGUCCGACACCGACAAAAACAAUGAAAACACCACCAACUCCGAAGAAAUCGAAAUGUCCGGCUGA